GAUAGCUCGCCUUACUCGGUCCGUCCGUUGCCACCAGUUCUUCGCCAUGGCCUCGCCGCGGUGGCAACGAUGGGGUUUCUCUCCUUCUUCACCAGCCUAGGGUUGUUGACGUUUCUCACAUACAAACUGAUCCCAUGGCAAAACGGCCCACCGACUCCGAAGAAGGAGGAUCUCAUUAUCAAGGUGGAGUCGCCGAAACCGACAGACGCGGCGUUCAUCAUUCCAGGUAACUGGACGGCGGCAACUGAAGAAGAAUCCGCAAAGAAGAAGAAGGAAACAUGGUGGCAAAGAGCUAUCAAUGAGCCGCCGAAUCAGUUUCUCGUUCUGAUAUUCAACCUGCUUCUCGCCGACAUCCAGCAGGCGCUGGCCUUCCUACUCAAUGUGGAGUGGCUGACGAGAAACGCUAUUGAAGUUGGCACAGGCACUUGCUGGACCCAAGGAUGGUUUGUGUCGACCGGCGACUUGGCUUCUUCCGUCUUCAUCACGGGUAUUGCGAUCCACACCUACAUGUCGAUCGUCUCGACUAAGAAAAUCCCGACUUGGGCCUUUCACACAGCAAUUGUCAUGAUGUGGGGCUUCGUUUACGGCACAGGGAUUCUCGGCGUGAUCAUUACAGAAAACGGGAAGAGCGAGGGCGGCCUCUAUGUGAGAGCCGGCGCUUGGUGUUGGAUCAACUCCAAAUACCAGGACGUUCGGUUGACGCUCCACUAUCUUUGGAUCUUCAUUUCACUGGUUCUUACGACUUUAAUUUACUUCAUAAUAUUUCUUCAUCUACAGAAGCUAGCUCGGCAAAUAUCGAGCGUCUUCUGGCGUCCGAUGUGUUUGACGACAAUUCUUAGACGACUUCCUGGCAUUCCAGAUUACGCUCGACAACACACCUUCCUCUUAUACCCUCUAGUUUAUGUGGUCUGCACCAUCCCUUUGGCCGCUGGUCGCCUCGCCUCCAUGACAGGCCAUGAUGUGUCCCUAGGAUACUUUUGCUUUGCUGGAGCUAUGAUUGCUUGUAACGGCUGGAUGGAUGUUGUCCUUUACUCUUCAACCAGACGAUCCAUCGUCUUCUCUUAUGAAAGGCCGCCAUCACAAGAGGUUGGCUUGGAGACAUUCUCAUUUAUGUGCGGCACCCUUCCCAAGUUUGGCAACACAACGAUUGUCAUGGGAGGCCCGACUCCCGAACAGAAUCGUCUGAAUCGAUAUAAUAAGUGGUGCAAGAAGGUUGCCCGCAAGGGCCCAAAGUCAGGCGGUCUGAAGGCACUCAAAGUUGACGGUGCCGAAAGCACAGAAAGCAUGAAAGGCUUCGGGAUGGGAGAAGGUUCUAUCAUGGGCAUGGCGAUCCAGUGCGAGACUACCACAACAGUUUCCGUCGAGGUCAACACGCUGGCGACGUCGUCUCGG